GACAGCAAGUAACAAGAAGUGACUUGCAGAAGUUGAGGGCUUAACUACCAAUACAGAGAAAGAGAGGCAUUCAACAGCGUUUCAGGAAGAACAGAGUGCAGAAAAGAAGCCAUAUUUUCUACAAUAUGUCGACCCAAGAUGACCAGUCAUAUUGUUGGGAUAUAAUCGAUGACAGCCAUGUUAAGGAUUUUGAAGUUGCUGAGUGGAUCAAGAUCAGCCUGGCAGUCAUCUACAUCCUCAUAUUUGUGGCAGGCAUCCUGGGCAAUAGUGUCACCAUCCAGACGACCAGACUGUUACAGAAGAAUGGCUACUUGCAGAAGGAAGUGACAGAUCACAUGGUGAGUCUGGCCUGCUCGGACAUACUGGUCAUCUUACUGGGGAUGCCUGUGGAGUUCUACAGCAUGAUAUGGAGCCCUUUCUCAACCCCUCAAGGUGACCUAGCCUGUAAGCUGUACUGCUUCCUUUUCGAGGCCUGCAGUUAUGCUACGGUGCUACAUGUGGCAACUCUAAGCUUUGAACGAUACAUUGCCAUCUGCCACCCGUUCAAGUUCAAAGCUGCUUCUGGACCCUGCAAAGUGAAGAUCCUCAUUGCUUUUGUCUGGCUGACAUCUGUUCUGGUGGCCCUGCCCCUUCUUUUUGCCAUGGGCACAGAGUACCCCUUGGAAAUCAUCAAGGGUCAUCAAGGAUUAGUUCCCUGCACCAAGGCUAAGAACCGGCACCACAUGCCUGACCUAAGGUCAAAUGUAACAAUAUGCACCAACUUGUCCUCCAGAUGGACAGUCUUCCAGUCUACUAUCUUCACUGCCUUCAUUGUUUAUACUGUGGUGUUGGUGUCUGUAGCUUUCAUGUGCCACAAAAUGAGGAAAGCUCUUACGAUGCACAAGCAAGGGACUUUGGCUGUGAGAGGGGAGACAGAAAGCCAACAUCAGUAUCUACGGAAAACGGAGAAUCCUGAUGGCAGAACAUCCAGGAAACAGACAAUUCUCUUCCUCGGAUUGAUCGUUGCAACUCUGGCGAUAUGCUGGCUGCCCAAUCAAGUUCGAAGGAUCAUGGCUGCUGCAAAACCUAAGCAGGACUGGACGGUCUCCUACUUCAGAGCAUACAUCAUCCUUUUCCCUAUAGCUGACAUUUUCUUCUAUCUCAGCUCUGUGGUGAACCCACUGCUAUACAAUAUCUCCUCCCAGCAGUUCCGAAAUGUCUUUCUUCAGGUCCUCCGCUGUCACCUGACGCUAGAACAUAUCAACAAACAGAAGUUUUUAAGAGCCAAUUUGAAUUCUGCAACCAGUAGUGGCCGUUCCCGGCACCCAUUGAUCUUCAAGUCAUCCAGGCGCAAGUCUUCCACCAAGACUACUAACAAGGUUUUCUUAAGUACUUUUCAGAGCGAGAUCAAGCCUGACUGCAGUUUGCAGAAAUUGAGUCUUGAAUCACUGGAGCUGAAUGUGAAAACAAUGCCACUAGAGACCAAUGCAGACCUCAGUUCAUCUAAUCAGAAUGGCCUUUGUGAGCACGAACUGUGAAUCCUCAUAAAAUGUA